CCCGAGGCCUGACCGGCGUUCGGUGUGCGGCGCCCACUGCGGCCCGGGGCUCGAACGCUGAGCCUGGAGCGUCUACCUCGGGGGCACCGUGCACUGUUCCGCCGCCCCCGUGGGCCCGCGCUCGCGCUUUCUCGACGUCUCUGUCCAAGCCUGGCUUGACGGCCCUGGGCCCGGCCUCCCACUCGCGUCCGGCCCGUGGGCUCUGGGGGACCCGUGACGGACCCCGCGGUCCCGUAGCUUGCUCCUACUGGAUCGGCCGCCUCUAUGGCCUCCAGCCAGGCUGGGCCGGACCGCUGGAGGUCCUAGGAUCCGGGGCUCUGGGAGGCAGGGAUCAUGGUGGGGGUCCUGACCAUGGCGGCGGCUGCAGCUCCCCCUCCAGUAAAGGACUACGAGAUUGAGCCAUGCAAAAAGCGGAGAAAAGAUGAUGACAGCUCUUCCUGUGAAACCAUCACCAAGUAUUUGUCACCAGUAGCAAAGACUGGAGACAGAGUUUUCUCUCCACCAAAACCCAGUAAGAUUCUUCAUUAUUUUAGAAAGACUUCACCCACAAAUGAGAAGUCGACAAAAGAGUGUAAGAUAAAGCCAUCUCCAUCAUCGCUUUUUGGCAACAGCAAAGACUGUAAAACACCUCUGGUAGUGCUCUCAAAUGUGGAAGUUAAGAAGAAAGGAAAGAGAAUUAAUUUAUCUCAUCAACUGAAUGAUAUAAAAAUUGAGUCAUCGGUGGGAAUUAGUGGUGAUCGUAAGGAGGAAUGCGGUUUAAGUGAUUUUGUGGAAAGCAGCACUGAUGUUUUCCUUUACAAAAAACAUGUAGAGGUUCUUACAGAAAGCCUUCAAGACAGCAGAAACAAGCCAAAUACAAUGACCCCCCCCAAAAAGUCCCGGAAAGUAAAUCCUAAACAAGACACCACAAAAAAUGAUGGCAAAAUGUUGAGAAAAAGGAAGCACAGCAAGCUACUAGAUCUGUCUGAAAGUUUACCCUUGGCAGACGAAAUAAGUCUGCUUAAGAAAGGUGGCAAAGACAGUAAACAGACGAAACCUUUCGUGGCCGAUGAAGACGAGAGGACUGCAAAUCAUGUGGACCCCAGGGCUUGUGCAACCAAAGUAGCUGAUUUAAACAAGAGUACAGUAACGGUCUCUUAUGAGGAAUUUUUAAAAAGUCACAAGGCAGCUCGAGUGGAAGAGAUACCUGACCCUGCAGUGCCAGCUUGUGUUCCUUCUGGACCUGGUGAAGCAGUCAAAAGUGGUUCUGAAGGUGAAUUAGAAAGCUGUGAGUUAUCUCCACACAUACACCUUAAGACAGUUACUGUUCUUGCACAAGUUCACCCCACUCCCCCCAAAAAGAAAGGGAAAAUACCCCCAAUGUUCUUGAAACAGAAACAGCUUGAUCUGGAGAGUAGUCUUUCUGAUCCAGAAAAUGAGCAGACAGUUCAGAAAAGGAAAUCGAAUGUUGUGAUCCAGGAGGGCCAGUUAGAACUGGCUGUGCUGGAAGCCGGGAGCUCUGAGGCUUCAGUACCAAAGUGCAGCGUGGAAGAGAGACAGCAGUUCAUGAGAGCAUUCAGGCAGCCGCCGUCAGAGAUGCUCAAAACUGGACUCAAGAAACCUUUGGAGAAGCAGAAAGACCCAAGUGAAAAAUCUGUAAAUGAAGACAGUGAUAACAGUUCUGAAAAAAUCAUAGAAAAUCCUAAUAUCCAAAUAGUUUCAAAUCAUGGUAGUUCACAGACACACACUGAUAAAGCAAGCUUUCCUAAGGAGAAAAGUAAAAAGUCAAAGAAAAAGGAUAGGAAGACGAUAGGCACUAGGACCACUCCAGGUGGAAACAGAGAAGAAACCAUGCAAAAGGAAAAAACAUCCUUUUCCCCAAAAAAUAAACCAAAACAAAAUAGCCUUCGAAGGAGUUUAAGACAGAAGUCAGAAGUUUCCAAAAGCAAAUCAUUACUUAACAGUGAAAGUCUUGUUUGUGAGGAUACAGCACACAACUCUCUAGAAAUGUCUCCAUGUGACAGAAAUAAAUCAAGAAAACACAGCACACCAAUCAGAGAUAUGGUCACACAUUCCAAAGCUGAGCCUGAAAACAGGCUGCAGAACAUUUCCACACCCAAGCCAACCAGGAGAUCUCUAAGAGGUAGCAACACGCCUGCCACAGUCACCCUUAGAGGUACUGAGUCUGAGGAUGCCCAGGACACUACUAGUCCAGUGAAGCCUUCCACUCCAAAAGCAGCCAGCAUAUCAGAAAAACACAGCCUGUACACAGCAGAAUUAAUAACAGUACCCUCUGAUUCGGAGAGCCCUAUUAGAAUGAAAUUCACUAGAAUUAGUACUCCCAAAAAAUCUAAGAAAAAAUCCAAGAAAAUGUCUAAGAAAUCUGAAACAACUGAGGGAGAUCUCACUUCUCAGAAGAGAAAGGCAAACAGUACUUCAAAAAAUGUAUCAAAAGCUAAACAACUGAUUGAGAAAGCAAAAGCUUUCCGAGUCAGUGGAUCAAAGGCUGAGGAAACAGUGGUGCCCUUGAGGCGUUCCUCUAGGCACCAGACACUUCCUGAAAGGGAGAAGUCACCAGAGACAGAUGAUUCUGUAAUACUAAUAGAUUCAAGUCCAACUUCUGUAAAGCAACCAGAGAAAAAUCAGAAGAAACUUAAGAAUUUGAAUGAUGUACUAGGAAAAAAACUUAACAAGCCUUCUAAAAAUGUCCCUGGAAAAAUGAAAAUUGCUCCUUUAUUUCUUGCCAAAAAGACUAAGAGAACAGCCAUUCCUGUCCUUGAUUUGGAUGAAAGCAGUCAAGAUUCAUCAGAACAAACUCAGGAUUGUGAUGUACAAUUUAGAGCAAAGCGUGAUUUUCUACGGAGUGGUUUGCCAGAUUUACUGAAACGACAGAUUGCAAAGAAAGCUGCUGCACUCGAUGUUUACAAUGCAAUGAGUACCAGUUUCCAGAGGGUUGUUCAUGUCCAACAGAAGGAUGAUGAGUAUUGGUUAUGGCAUUUGAAGCCACCGUCUUGCCCUCUGUUAACUGAAUUUAAAGAAUUGAAUACUAAAGUAACAGAUCUCUCAAAAUGUGUUGUUGCUCUUGGUGAAUUUUCAACAUUGAAUUCAAAUCUAAGAAGUAAUUCUGCUGUUGUGUUGAUGAGGACAAGGAAGGAUUUUACUAAAGAAGUAAGAAAUCUUUUGCUGGAGGAAAUAACACAGUCAAAUCCUGAAUUUUCUUUAGGAAAAUAUUUUCCCUUGCUUCUAAAAAAACAAAUUGAGCACCAGGUACUUUCUGAGGGUCAUGAUAAACAAGCAAGUCCACAACUACAGCCUCGUGUCAGUCAAAAAGAAACCAAACGGAAAUGUGUGGAAACAGGAAAUCACAAGUCAAAAAGAAAGAAACCAAAUGAAUAUUCAGUGAGCCCAGAAGAGAUAAAGGAGAAGUCAGAAGAUCUUGAGAAAAGAAUCAACUCUUCUGGGAUAAAUCUACAUUCUGCCAAAGAUUCUGGAACUGAAGACAUGCUUUGGACAGAAAAGUACCAGCCUCAGAAUUCAAAUGAACUCAUAGGCAAUGAGUUAGCUAUCAAAAAGUUAUAUAGUUGGUUGAAGGACUGGAAAAGAAGAGCUGAACUGGAAGAAAGACAGAAUUCGAAGGCAAAAAGAGAUGAAAAACAGGAAGAUUUGUCGGAUAGCAUGGACUUUAAAGGCAGUUCAGAUGAUGAAGAGUGUCAUCUUUGCAACACUGUUCUUAUAACAGGGCCAACGGGAGUGGGAAAAACUGCUGCCGUGUAUGCUUGUGCCCAGGAGCUCGGAUUUAAGAUAUUUGAAGUGAAUGCCUCUUCUCAGAGGAGUGGUAGACAAAUCCUGUCUCAGCUGAAGGAAGCUACCCAGUCCCAUCAAGUAGAUAAACAAGGUGUAAACUCCCAAAAACCCUGCUUCUUUAAUAACUACAACAUUGGCAAGUCACCAAAAAAGUUAAACUCCCCUGGGAAAGUUGUUAUAUCACCAAGAAAGCUUCCUCCAUCAUCACCAAAAGGAAGUGGGCAGAAGCGAGCGCUUCCCCCUAAAACUUUGGCAAAUUAUUUUAAAGUAUCCUCCAAAUCCAAAAAUAAUGAAGAAGUAGGAGCACUCAUGGGAAAUAAUAAAGGAAUCAAAAAUUCUUCUUUGGAACAGAGGCAAAUUAUUCAGACUAAAUCAACAAAUGCAAAUAAUUCAAAUGUUAAAGAAAUAGGAGCUGAAGAAUCCAAUAGAAAGAAUGCAACAUCUCUCAUUCUCUUUGAGGAGGUUGACGUGAUUUUUGAUGAAGAUACUGGGUUUUUGAAUGCAGUCAAAACAUUCAUGGCAACAACUAAACGACCAGUAGUUCUUACUACAAGUGAUCCCACAUUUAGUUUAGUGUUUGAUGGCUGCUUUGAAGAAAUAAAUUUCAAUAUUCCUUCCCUGCUAAACGUUGCCAGCUAUCUCCAAGUAAUCUGUUUAGUUGAGAAUUUCAGAACUGACUUAAAAGACUUUGUAACCUUGUUGACUGCAAAUGCUUGUGACAUCAGAAAAAGUAUCCUGUACUUACAGUUUUGGAUCAGAAGUGGAGGUGGAAUUUUAGAAGAAAGGCCAUUGUCACAUUGUCGAGGAAAUAGCAGAAGUGUACAGGUUUGCUCUGAUGAUGGCACCGAUGCAAAAAUUAACUCUAAAAACAGCAGAAGGAACCGUGUAGCCCUCCCCAAAUGCGACACCGGCUGUGCAGAGUCUUUGUUUGGACUCAAGAACAUUGCCUCCCCAUCCCAAGACUUAUUUUCAUUUUUAAAGCACAGGGUCACAACAAAGGAAGAAUGGCAUAAAUUCAUCCAGCUCCUGACAGAAUUCCACAUGCAAAACAUCGAUCUGUUGUAUAGUAAUCUUGAGUUCAUUUUGCCAUUGCCAGUUACUGUCAUCCCAGAAGUAAAAGAUGCUUAUGGCUCCCCAGUGACUACAGAGGCCAGUGCACCAGGAAGCAUGGAGCAUCUUCCCAGGAAGCAGUCAGAAGACCAGCCAUUAAAAAAAUCACAGAAAAAGAAACAGAGAAAGAUGGUGACCCUGGAUGACAGUGACUUAUUUGACACUGGACUGGACUUUUCUGAUGACCUGACUGGCUUAUCUCCUGUGCCUUCCUCGGCUUUAGAAGACCUCACAAGCAGAGACAGAGAAGGCAACCCAGAGACACAGACACAAACCAAAAGUUUCACGUCUGACUCGGUGCCUCAACCUCCUAAGACACCAGCAGAGAAGAAGUAUUCUGUGCUCGUUUCCUACUGUUUAAAUUCUCUCACUGAGUUCAUGGAAAACAUGUCCUUCUUAGAUGCCCUUUUACCAGACCCAGGGGAACAGAAUGAAUUGAGUAAAAAUCCUUUUCACUGGACAAGCGGGAAGGUUAAAAGCGGACUUUGUGAUGAGUUUAGUAUUGAGAGUAGAGACAGGUGCGUUCCUCAGAGCUCUGAAGAAUUAAAAGCAACUGCAGAAGCUCUCAGCUUUACUAAAUGUUCUUCUACCAUUUCAAAAGCAUUGGAGUCCUUGAAUCCAUGCAAGCACUUAGGGAGAGACCCCGUCAAUGGGCUCACUUUCUGUGUUUCACAAAGGUCCAGCGAUGUAUGCUUCCGCCAGUCGGCAGCUAAUCUAGACAAUGCUGACAAGAGGAUGGCAGUCAUUAAAAGUGUGUUUUCUAGUCGGUCUUUUCUGAACGUGGGUAAUAAGCAAGCGAGUAUCCUUGACUACCUGCCAACUCUUCGGAGCAUUUGUCGGACAGAGAAGCUGAAAGAACAAGGGAAAAAUAAAAGAAGGUUUCUGCACUAUUUUGAAGGAAUUCAUCUUGAUAUUCCUGAAGAGGCUGUGACAGCUUUGGCUGCUGACUUCCCUUGAUGUCCCUGUCUUCAGUGCCCGGGACAGAUGACGGUGGUCCUUAAGACACACUAGAUUAUGUUGACUUGAAAGAAGAGCUUAUUUCUCUUAAUAUAAAUUUUAAAAGACUGUAUUUUUGUGGUUCAGGUAUUUAAAAUGAAAAAUUUGGGUUACAAACUGUAUAUAUGAUUGUGGCAUAUUUUUUCCUGAAUGUUUUGUAUUAUCUAUUUUUGCUUUGUUGGUAUGCUUUCUGUAUGUGUAGAAGGUAGUGUUCACGAAGAGAUUUCUAAAGCUGUUUCAGUGCUGAGGUCAUCGGUAAUUUUCCCUUUCCUUGGACCCUCCCUUUGCUCUCCAGUAUCAGAGCAUGCCACCAAAGCUGCACGGCACAAAACAGUUCCUCCGUGUGGAAUCAUCUUUAAUGUACUAGGAAGGAAAGUGCACCAGCUUUGGAAAGCCUUUCUACCUUGUGCCCUCACCCAGCAUGCUUUACCAUUCCAUCAUUGAGCCAUCCAUGUUGGCGAAGUAAAGCAUCCUGAAGUCUGGUUCCCAUAAACCUUUCUUAGCACCCUGUGUAGGUGAAGUCUUGUGCAUUUUGCCAACUCAAUUAUUUGUACAUUUUCUGGUACCUUUAUAUCAUGUUUUCUUCAUAAAUGUAAUGACAUUAAUUUAUCUAUUUUGGACAAGUUGUUGAUGGUUGAAGAAAUAAUGAAGGAUUCUAACAUGGGGUUUCUACCUAACAGCUAUUUCCACUUAAGUUUGGUUUGGGGUUUUGUGGUGCUGAGAAUUGAGGUCUUUUGUGUUAUGGGCACAUGUCCUAUGUCCUAUGUCUUAUGUCUUAGUAAACACGCAGUCUGGUUUUUGUAAUUAUUUGCGGUGCUACAGAUCAAACCCAAGGCCUUGUGCAUUCUAGGGACAUGCUUAAUCACUGAGCUAGAACCCCCAACAUUGUCUUUGAGACAGGGUCUGGUUAUAAUGCUUAGGCUGCCUGUAAACUCCUUCCAGACUUAUGUGAUCCUCCUGUCUCAGCUUCUCAAGUACUUGGGACUACAGGCAUAUGCUGCCACACCCAGGAAGGUCAUGGGUUUGUUUGUUUGUUUGUUUUUAUAAGUACCUAUUUUUACUUUAGUAGCAAGAUUUUAAAAUGUCACAUUUUACUUAAUGUUAUUUUCAGUCAGAUAAUCAAGUAUGUUUAAAAUUGCUUCAUAUUACAUAUAUUUGUAUAAUAACAUAAUAUUCAGGUACAUUUUCUGAUGAAUUGUAUUUUUAACUCAAAAGUUAAGGAUCCUAGUUUUGUACUUUUUUAAAGUAUAGGUGCAUACUUGUUUACAAUGUGUGUGAAGAUGUUUUUACCUCUUAUUCAACCUACUUUUUCUUGUAUUAAUUAGCAAAUUGAUCUAAUUAAAAUUUGAAGCUGAAGGCUAUAAGUGGUAUUUAAAUAGUUAUGAUCAUCUUAAUGUACAUGUAUAUUGAAUACAUUCAGAUAAGUGCUACAACUUAGAGAUUUCUUUGCUGGACAAAAGAAAAGAUGGUCAAAGCUUUUUAAAGAUUUGUUGUUUAUGUGUAUUAAUGUUCUGCCUGCAUGUAUGCAUGUGCAUCACAUGCUUGCAGUGCUGGAGGAGGCCAGAGGAGGCCGUUGGAUGCCCCGAAACUGGAGUUAAGGACAGUGGUUGUGAGCUGCCUACAGUGUGGGAGCUGGAACUGUACCCUGGACCCCUGCAGGGGCAGCGAGUGCUUCGAACUGCUGAGCCCUCUCUCCUGGUCAUCUCUCCAGGUCCCGAACCUUCUGAGUGUCCCUGUCUGUGUUUCCCUACAAUGUCUCCUGGAGGUGCUUAGCUGCUGGUCAGGUGCUUUAUUAUUAGGGACUCUGACCAUCUCAACAAUUGAUGAACCAAUAUAAAAGAAUUAGGAAACUGUUCAAGUUAUCCAAGCUCCCUCCUUAACAAGGACUUGGCUGAGUAGGGUUUC